ACCAUCUACCACCACGCCCCGGCAACCAGAAGCUUCUCGAAUCCGCCAUGCGUCCGGCCUUCCUCGCCGCCCUCCUCCUCCUCGUCGCCGCCGCGGCCUCCCCGGCCGCCGCACUCUACUCCGCCGGCUCCCCGGUCCUCCAGCUCAGCCCCAGCAACUUCAAGAAGGUGCUGAAUGCGAACGGGGUGGUGCUGGUGGAGUUCUACGCGCCCUGGUGCGGGCACUGCAAGCAGCUGACGCCCACUUGGGAGAAGGCCGCCGGCGUCCUCAAGGGCGUCGCCACAAUCGCCGCGCUCGACGCCGACGCGCAUAAGGAGCUCGCGCAGCAAUAUGGGAUCCAAGGAUUUCCAACCAUAAAAGUAUUUCUCCCUGGUAAGCCACCAGUGGAUUAUGCAGGAGGCAGAGACGUAAAGUCAAUUGCAAAUUUUGCUCUGUCACAGGUAAAGGCUCUUCUCAGAGAUAGAUUGGAUGGUAAGGCUUCAAGUGGCAAAACCUCUGGCAGUUCAAGUGAGAAGAAAACUGAAAAAAGUGAAUCAGUAGAAUUGAAUUCGAGUAACUUUGAUGAACUUGUCAUCAAAAGUAAAGAUCUUUGGAUUGUGGAGUUCUUUGCACCGUGGUGUGGACACUGCAAGAAAUUGGCUCCUGAAUGGAAAAGGGCUGCGAAGAACUUAAAGGGCCAAGUGAAACUAGGCCAUGUUGAUUGUGACUCUGAUAAGUCCCUGAUGAGCAAGUACAAGGUUGAAGGCUUUCCAACUAUUUUGGUAUUUGGUGCUGACAAGGAGAGCCCGCUCCCCUACCAGGGAGCUAGAGUUGCAUCUGCCAUUGAGUCUUUCGCUUUGGAGCAGUUGGAAGCCAACUCUGCACCACCUGAAGUUCAUGAGUUGACUAGCUCGGAUGUAAUGGAAGAGAAGUGUGCUUCUGCUGCCAUUUGCUUUGUAUCUUUCCUUCCAGACAUCUUGGACUCAAAGGCAGAAGGGAGAAACAAAUACCUUGAACUGCUACUAUCUGUUGCCGAGAAAUUUAAGAAGAGUCCAUACAGUUUUGUCUGGGCAGGCGCUGGCAAGCAAGCUGAUCUGGAGAAGCAAGUUGGAGUUGGUGGUUACGGCUAUCCAGCCAUGGUUGCUCUGACCGUGAAGAAAGGCGCAUACGCUCCUCUCCGUAGUGCCUUCCAGCUCGCGGAAAUCACCGAGUUCGUGAAGGAGGCAGGGAAAGGCGGAAGGGGCAUCCUCCCCGUCGACGGUGCCCUCACGGUUGUCCAGUCGGAACCAUGGGACGGCAAGGACGGAGAGAUCAUCGAAGAGGACGAGUUCUCGCUUGAGGACCUCAUGGGCGACGACUCUACGCCGAAGGACGAGUUGUGAUCCCCCCUGAUGGUUGUGAAACGAUCUUAGCGUCGAGUAGCCAGACUGUAAAUCUGAGGAACACUAAUGCUUCACUUGCUCUGAAUUACUGCUGUACGAUUUGGACGGGACACCUUUUGUGAUAGUAGAAAACUUCGACGUGCAAGCAAGACGUGGUGUUUUUGUCCCUGAAAUAAAAUCGAUUCUGGGUUGAAUGCCUGUUCA